AACGUCGGCUUUUGAAAAAUCGGGAGAGGCCACUCGAAGGCGCAGACAGGAGGGGAGCAUGAAAGAAGGAGGUGAACCCUAAAGCAAGGUUUGCUCAGCGACUGUUCGUGUCGGCGCUAAAUCAGCCUCGGAUCGACGCAGUCAUAUGAGGCUUGAGGACCAGAGUCAGCGAGGGGUCAAGGCUUUGGGUAGCCGUGCCUUUCUUGCCUUUGUCCCCCCCUUCUCUCCGUGCCUGCAGUGGACUGCGCCCGGCACGUACGUCAUCCAUUGUUUACAAACCAACCGCAGCAGCAACAAGAGUGUUUGGAGAGGGAGCGAGCCAGAGAGCUGAGGGCGGCCUCGUUGGCAGCAGCAGCAGACGCCGGCGCCGCAGAAACAGCGGCGGGAGGAGCUGCGCGUGCCAAGCCCGGGUGGGAACGAGGGGACCUGGAAGCGGCCGCGAUGCCGUGCCGGCGGCCGGGCGGAGAGCGCUUCCUGCUGCUGGAGCGCGCCGUGUCUUUGCAGAGCAGCCCCGUCGGGGGAAGCAUCGGCUCCAAGGAGGUGGACGCGUUGGUGGCCAAGCUGGGCGAGGUGCUGCAGUUGAGCGCCCAGCACCGGACUCCGCCUCCGCGGCUACCCAAGCACCACGGCCGGGACCGAGCGGCUCCUUACUCGGCUCCGAGGGGGCUCGGCUUCUUAGCCUCGCUGCACCGGCAGCCGCCUCAUCAGCGCCCUCCGCCGUCGCUGCUCCUCUUGCCGCCGCCGCCGCCUCCUCCGCCGUCGUCGGCGUCUACGGACAGGAAAGGCAGCCCUCGGGUCGCCAAGCAGCUGUGUGGCCGCGGCUGGCUGAGGAGCGCCGGGGGGAAGAAGAAGUCGCGUCGGCAUCCUCUCUUACCUGCGGGCGACGACGACGACGAGGAGGAUCCGCACCGGCUCCUGCAGCAGCUCAUCCUCUCCGGCAAUCUCAUUAAGGAAGCCGUCCGACGUUUGCAGCUGGCCGCCGCCUCCGCGUCCUCGACAGCGGUGGGCGAAACUUCCACUACGGGCUCGCCGAGCUCUGCCUCGUCCACGGGAAGCUGCCGCAGCAGUAGCAGCGAAGGGGACUCUGCUGCUCCGCCGCCGACCGCCGCCGCCUUCGCCGUCUCAUCUCUGCAGCCUCUGCCCUGACCCCGUCGGGGAUGCAGCCACCCCCCCUCCACGAUCGCCGGCGGCCCUCGCUCUUUUUUGGCCGAGCCGUGGGGGAGCCCGUGGAAGAGACUCUGCAUUUCCCCACCUCCCACCCAGAUAGGACGAGCGCGGCAGCAAAAUCCCCGACGACCCAUGAUGGAGGCGACGCCGGAUACUUGAAACAGACUGCUAGGAAAUUGUGUUUUAUCGCUUAUUGUCAGGAGGGAGCCGCCAGCCGGGCUGCCGCUCUCUCCCUCUGUUAUGAAAUCGUGGUGCUACCCAACCCUGGACGGCAGCCUUCCAGUUUCUCCUCAUCAGAAGUUCAGACCACCCAGUAUCUGCCUUCUGCACCAGGAUCUUGCACUUGUCUGGACAUCUUAAUGCGCCCCCCACCCCCUUUCCAGCACAGUCUGCUGUGUGGGGAGGCUGGGGGGCACAAGAAGGGACCAUCCUGCUUGGCAUUGUCUUGUGUGAAACCAUUCUCAGGCUCGCAGCUGUGUGUUACUUGAGGGGGUGGGGUGGGGGAGAAAAGCCAAACGGCAGGUCAGAUAUUGGGAUUUAAUUGGAAGGGUGGGGAGAUUUGUAUGCUGUUGAACGCAAAUAUAAAAGGUUUGCAGAGUUGCAUCUCUCUUGCCAAGGUGACCCUUUACCUCGACUACCCAGACUGUUUAUUCUUGCUGUGCUCCCUAGUAGGUUGGAGAGUGUAAUCCUAUCCCAGUUUGUUUUGACUGGGCUGUGUACCAACCCUGUGUUUUGUAACUGCUGGGAGUCUCCUGAGGACUUGCACGCUGCCAGAUCCAAAUUGUUGUUGUGCUUCCCUACCCCCCCCCCUUUUCCAAGAGCUCCUCCUCUUCAUAUAAGCUGGAUUCUCAGAAACAGGGUCAUGUUACACCAGUCUUUCUAAGAAAUCUCCCCACCCCCCUCCGCUUGCUCUGCCUGGCUGUGGUGGCCAACUCUCUGGGGCUCUCUCCCAGCCAAAGAGUUAUCAGGUUUGCCUCUGUACCCCCCUCUCUGAUUCCCACACUGCCAGCCAUUUCCCUUGUGAGUCAGUCCCUCUUACACAGAAGAAAAUCUGCCUGUGUCUUUGAUGGUCUUAUGAGAUCAUUUGCAAUAAGUCUGAAUGACUCUUCUGAGACUUUCCCUUUCAUUUUUACACACAGACCUUUUGUGUUUACGACUGUGUAAAAACAGCUUAAAAAUGUGACCAUCGAAACUGGAAAGCAGCUGAUUUUAACAGAAAUGUAACGACAAUGAAGAGGCACAUUGUUCACAGAAGGUAGCUAAAAUAAGCUUUUUUAUUAAAAAGCAAACACACAAACAGAACUCAAUGGCUCAAUCAGCAGAAGCGGCUGUUGAUCGAAUAAUACACUUCGUAACGGAGUGUUCAAGUGUUUGUUCCUGGUUUUCAGGGUUUGUCUUUAAAUAUGUCUGUAUUGAAUAAAUAAAUGUGGUAGACUUUUUAUAUAAAA